AUGGACGCAGGAUGGAUACCAAAACUAAGGCAAAGGAGAAGGAUCAAAAUGUAUAGAUCGUUCGUGGUAUUCCUUUUUCUCGCUUCAGAAUCCAAUGGAUUCUUCUUUCCAGCAGGGCUACACGUGCAGCAGACUGAGUCAUCAAUAAUAAGGAGACGGCUUUCAAGUCUAUCAAAGUCGAUUCGCCACGGAGAAGAAGAAGACUCGGAUGGGGUUUCUGAACGGCUUCGGUCCGCAUACGAAGAUUGGUGUCAGACAUAUGAGGAAACCUUUAGUUCGUCUAGACUGGAAGUAUUCUCGUAUCAUUUUAUGAUGGCAGAGAACUAUAGCAAACGGACAGGAGUCAAGGUCAAGCUGAACGAAUUUGCGGGAUUGACCGAGCCAGAGAUCGAGGAGAUCCUGGCCAUUAUUGGCAAGGCAAGCGACGGAAUUGAGAGACCACUGGGGGUAGAGUUUCUUGACUACGAAUUCGAAGAAGAAGAACCAUCGAGUCUAGUUCCUAAUACUUUUACGGAUACCAUGGAACCACCUUCCGACAUUUCAGACCAGAAUCAUGCCUUUGGAUCCAAUGAUGCAGACGAUAGGAUCGCGACAGCAACCAAUACCUACUUGGAGACAAUGGAUAAAGCCUCAAUAGUUCCACCAACAGGAUCGAACCUAUUCAAAGAAAUCAGUGCAUCGAUAUUGAACAAGGAAGAAUCAAGAAACAAUGGCGACAGCACAAACGAAGAACCUGAUCAUGAAAAAGUGCCACCGUCAUUGGAUCCAAUCUAUGUCGAAGCAACUUACGAGGAAACUCAAAUCCAAGACAACGUGUCAUCAGAGACAGUUCCUAAUUUCAGCGUUGUCGGAGAUAAUCCCACAGGAAUCAAUGCUAAGAUGGAAGAAGAAUUCGAUACAGACGAAGCCUUUUAUUUAGGACAACAACGACAAGGCAGCGUUCCUCCCAGCAGCAAUCAACAUCAUCAACAUCAUCCACAGCAACCACCAUCACCGAGUACUACUAGGCCAAAUAAGACUGAAUCACCAGCCGCCACAUCCAUGGCACGAGAAGCUGCCAACCAAGCCAAUAUUGAUCUUUCACUCAUUCCAGGCACUGGGAAGAACGGAAUAAUAACACUGCACGAUGUGGAAUUGGCACGAGAUUCGGCCAUCGAAGUCGAAUAUCAAUCCUAUACCUCGGAGGAGAGGAUACGAAAUGGACCAUUCCGACAUGAACAAGACUUAUUCAUGGAUACUCCUUUUGAUGAUGGUGAAUCAUCAUUUGACCCAGAGACAUCCAUGGAUCAUGAUGCUACUGCCAAUGUCAAUGGCUUGCAACAAGAACAGCAACCUGCAAAUGGAAUGGGAUACAUGCAGCAGGGUCCCGAUGAUUCUUCUUCACAAGACAUGUUUUACCAAAAUCGACAGACUGACGAAAUGUUUCAAGAAGAUCCAACCGCUCAAUAUGAUAUGCACGCAGAUAAGUUUAGAGAUGAGCACCCAUAUCAUCCAGCAGAUUCCCAUGAACUUGACCAGCAUCAGUACGGAGAUUCAGAUGAUGACAAGUUCCGACAAGAACUGCAAGAUCAUUCAAAUCAUCAAUCUGAGUCUGACAUUAUGGAUACUAGUGACUUGAGUUAUGGUCCAACAGAGGAGCUGACUGAAAAUGUCAUUGGAAAUGAAGAACCAUCGUUUUCAUCGGACCAUUCUUUCCUUGGAGUGGAUCCCUUGGAUGAAAGAAUCGAUCGUGCUAUCCAUGGUGACGAAUUUGAAUUUGUGUCCCAACAGCAGUAUCCUCAAGUCGAGGACGACUUUAUCGUUGAGCAACUUAUUGAGAAAAUUACCUCGGAGGAUGGUCCUAUUGGCUUGCACGAUCUUGGUAAUACGGUACCUCAUGACAAAGAAGAAGACAUUUACCAAUCAGAAGACUCACUGGAACAUCAUAACGAAGUACUUGCCGAAUUUCCAGACUUGGAAGACGCCCAAGCGCUAGAGAGUGAGCGGAGGAUGGAAGGUGAACUACAUUCAGGUAACGAGGCAAAGCUACCUCGAGAAGAUGAAGCAAGUGCUGAGGAAGAAAUGAUGUCCACUGGUUGGAUAGCAGAGGAACCGGAAAAAGAACACUAUGAUCUUCCUGACUGGGUCGUUGGAAAUGCCGAACCACUUGUUCCUCCACACUUGUCAGGUGCUGAAAUGGUGACGGGGAACUAUCAUAUGGAUACGGGGAACUAUCAUAUGGAUACGGGGGCACCCAAAGAAGAGAAAAUGAAAUAUUCGACAACGAAUAUGUCUUCGCCAUUAGAUAAUACCAACAGAUCACUACAAAGCCAAAGUCAAGGUCAAAUGGCAUCGGCUCAAAAGGCGCCAACGAGAAAAGUACGACGUGUUGCCUCGCCCAAGGCUCCUAGUGAAUCUUGGGUGUUUUUGGAUUCUGUGACCACUGAAGUUGUGGCAGGUGACCAAGUCACGUUGCAAGAGCUGACCUUUUGGAUGAGUGAAGCGAAGGUUCAGAAAUGGUGCAAAAAGGUUGGCGACCCUGUACACGUGGGGGAAACUUUGAUGACAGUGGCUUGCGAUACCAAGAUCUCAAAGGAAAGUCUGGAGUGGGCUCCAACUCAGGAUGUCAAGGCUACCAGCAACGGUUUCCUUGUUGCAAAACACUUUGGAGUAGGGGAAAUGAUGUCUAUUGGCUGGACAGUUGGUGUCAUUGGUACUUCGACUGAGGGGUUGCCGACUGUGGCUCCCGAGCCAGUCAUAACCUACGAAGAUGAGGAAGUCUCAAAAGCAUUUGACGAGCCAAAGGAAAAGCCCAAGGAUGUGAAAUUAUCAAAUCCCAGUCAAAGGAGAAAUGCGAUCUCAAACGAAGGUUCUUCGGAAUCAAGAAUAGAGACGGAGCAUGAUAGCACACCGCGGACGGCCGCGACCAAAAGAAAAUCGCCUACUGCGAAAAACGUUGAGAAAGGGAAAAAGCAAGAAUCGUCUAUUAAGCCUGCAAUGAAGUCAUCGCUAUCGAUCGAUUGGGAGCCCAGGCUUGUGAAGAUGGAAGGCCUGAACCAUGUCCUCGUCCCUUUUCUUCAAAAGAAGAUUGACACUUGGGAGCGCAAUGCCAGGUUUCAUUUGCCAGCCACCAGUUCGCUGGACCAAGAAGUCUUGACAUCCCAGAAGACCAAGAUGACCAUUCGUUGGGAGCCACAAUUGAAGGACAGCGGAAGGAAGAAGUCUCGUGCUAAAAAGAGGAAAAUGCUAAAUAGUCAACACAGUUUCGCCAGGCUACCAGCAGUGUCUUGGGAGUUUGAAAAGUCGCAGAUUCCAGCCAAGUCGAGCCCGGCAAAGGAGAAGAGAAUGAGACAAAUCUUCUUUUUCGAACCUACAGAAGGAGUAGCAAGAAAAGCAAGGAAUGAAAACGGUCGCAAAAGGCUUGGCGGUAAGACUCAAUGGGCUUCCUUUCCAACAAUGAUCAAGUGGGAGAAUAUGACCCACCCAUUGCCGAAAAGGCAAUAUCCGCAAAAGCCCGAUGCAAACGACGACCAGACAGAAAACAAUGAGACGGACAUUCCUCAAAAGAUGGUUUACGCCACUCCCAUGGCCCGCGCCGCGGCUCGGUUGGCCGAUCUCGAUCUGCAAGGUGUCUCUGGCACUGGCGACGGAGGUCGCAUCACUCUUGACGAUGUCAAGGAUGUCCUAUACCCAAUGCUAAUAAUGAAUAAGCAAGAACAGCAGCAUCAGCAGCACCACCAAAAAGGUCGAUUGCAAUCCAGUCACGAAUCAUCCAAAGCAAAGAGAGCGCCACCGGCAUCCUCCCCAUUGCAAUCUACCAAGAAAUCAUCACUGGGACAAGUUUACUCUUUGCGGAUUCCAUAUGCGUCCCCAAUGGCGAGAAAGCUGGCGGAAGAAUAUCAAAUUGACCUGGCCACAGUCAUGGCAAGUGGCCCACGGGGUCGCAUCCUCUUGGAUGACGUCCAAAAAGCCUUGGAUGAUAAAACGACACCAUGA